GUGAUGAAUAAGUAACUCAAUGCCGGUAAUCACAAUAUAAAUGUUCUUUAUGGUCACAUGAUGUGUCCUAGGAAACGUAUAAAUGGAGCUCCCAGGUGAAUCCAGAACCCACGUCCUCUGAGUGGUGUGUUUUGGAUCUGAAUGAUGGUGUUCUUAACGAUGUCCUCAGGGGCUCUGCUGCUGUUCCUGUUCAUACAGGCCACCACUGGUCAUAGCUCAGUUCGGUCAGAUGUCAAUGCCACCUCUCCAACACAGAUGUCGACACCACCGCUCACCCCCCACCCGGCGUCGCAGACAGUAUGUUUUCAACAAUGACAUCCGAUACAACAACAUCAGCAUUAGCCAAUAGUCAAGUCAGAUUGGUCAAUGGUCCUAACUCCUGCUCUGGGAGAGUGGAGGUCUACCACAGCGGUCACUGGGGGGCGGUGUGUGACGACUUGUGGGACUUGAGUGACGCCCAGGUGGUGUGUAGACAGCUGGGCUGUGGGAGAGUUCUGUCUGCACCACGUGAAGCCCACUUCGGACAGGGGAACGGGACAAUCUGGCUGGAUGACGUUAGAUGUACAGGCAGCGAGUCUAAUCUCAUAAGGUGCAGUCACAAUGGGUUUGGAUUACACAACUGUGGACAUCACGAAGACGCUGGUGUCAUCUGCUCAGGUGGCAGCAACACCACAGCAGCACCACCGAUCUCCUGGAACACCACAACAGGAACAGCCCGACCAACCAACCAAACAACCACAUUGGCAGGGGCUAGGUCACAGUGGGUGGAGGUGGAACCAGAAGUGAUAUCAUAUCCUGGCCAGACGGUUAACCUGCGGUGUGCCUUCAUAGGAACGCAGGUCAUACAGCUCACACAGGUGUCCUGGAUUUUUGAGUCCAGGAAGGGCGAGAGGCUCAACAUAGCCACGUACCACCCCAAUUUUGGGGUAUUGUACCCCACGUCACCCCUGAAGGGACGAGUUAGCUUCCCCACGCCCUCCCUCAGCAACCCUUCCAUCCAGAUCUCUGACAUCAGGAUGACUGAUGAAGGGAGAUACAUCUGUGAAUACGCCACCUACCCCAGCGGCAACGAACAGGGCAUCACCUCCCUCGUUAUACUAGCUCUGUCAACAUCACCACCUUUCUACUGGAACACCACAACAAUUCCACCAGUGACAGCGUGGCAAGAUUCCCCGAUCAGAUUGAUCAACGGUCCUAACUCCUGCUCUGGGAGAGUGGAGGUCUACCACAGUGGUAGCUGGGGGACGGUGUGUGACGACUUGUGGGACUUGAGUGACGCCCAGGUGGUGUGUAGACAGCUGGGUUGUGGGAGAGCUCUGUCUGCACCACACCAAGCCCACUUCGGACAGGGGAACGGGACAAUAUGGAUGGAUGAUGUUGGAUGUACAGGCAGCGAGUCUAAUCUCACAAGGUGCAGUCACAAUGGGUUUGGGAGACACAACUGUAAUCAUGGUGAAGACGCUGGUGUCGUCUGUUCGGACUCAGAGCGUCCUUCCAACUCAGGCCCAGAGCUGGUGUGUGGUCGGCGCCUCCUAGAGGUGGGUCUCAGCCGGGCUGGUCUGGAGACUGCAGGUCUGAACGCGUUCUCUGCUCACCUGACCGACCCCCGCUGCUCCUCCCACCAGGAAGCUAACGGCACAGUGUGGUUCCAGGUGGAGCGCAGGGAGGGCAGCUGUGGAAACACACUGAUGACCAACAGCAGCCAUGCCAUCUACUCCAACAGUUUAUUCAUCUACCAGGUGCACAAUGUCUCCUUCAGCCGACCCGUGAGCAUACCUUUCUCCUGUGCCUAUCCGCUAGACACAGAGAGCAGCCUAGAUGUGGCCGUCGCACCCUACCUACCGGUGGAAGGUGGAGUUUCAGGUAUUGGCUCCAAGGCGUCAGCCUCCAUGUCUCUGUACCACAACUCCAACUACACAGAGCCUUACCCUGCGGGUCAGAGGGUCACCCUGCCACUGGGCUCUGUUCUGCAUGUGGGUGUGUCCGUCAACGAGACGGAGACGGAGCGAUUUGUGGUUGUCCUGGACAACUGCUACGCCACUCACUCCCCCAACCCUGAUGACCCUAUGAGAUAUUUCAUCAUUCAGAACAAAUGUCCUAGUGAUCGUACCCAGGUGAGGGUGGAGGAGAGUGGCUCAUCACUCGAGGCUCGCUUCUCUGCACUGCUGUUUCUGUUCCAGGGGGACUACCGGGACGUUUUCCUGCACUGCAGCCUCAGCCUGUGUGACCAGAGGAGCUCCUCCUGCACUCCAUUGUGUUCCAGACGAAGGAGAUCCCGUUCCAUCUCCAGUUCCGUCCCCCUUAAUCCCGUCACCAUCGGUCCAAUCAGCUGGACUUGGAGUCUGGACUGAGCCUUGGGAGGUACUGCAGUGAGCCGUAUCUGUUUCAUUGUCCUUAUACUUUUGAAUGUACUUUUUCACAUAUCUCUCUGGUUGUGUUUUGUGACUAUUGAAUAUUGUCUUUGUGUUUCAUUGUUGCAGUAAGUAUCCAUACCCAGACAUUCAGCUGUCUUAGAGGUGUUUACCUUUUUUCUGCAGCCUUAAAGGCCUAGUGCAGUCAAAACUCUGUUGUUCCGGACUCCCGGGUGGCGCAGUGGUCUAGGGCUCUGGGUUUGCGCCCAGGCUCUGUCGCAGCUGGCCGUGACUGGGAGGUCCGUGGGGCGACGCACAAUUGGCCUAGCGUUGUCCGGAUUAGGGAAGGUUUGGCUGGUAGGGAUGUCCUUGUCUCAUCGCGCACUAGCGACUCCUGUGGCGGGCCGGGCGCAAUGCAUGCUAACCAGGUCGCCAAGUGCACAGUGUUUCCUCCGACACGGCUGCGGCUGGCUUCCGGGUUGGCUUCCGGGUUGGAUGAGCGCUGUGUUAAGAAGCAGUGCGGCUUGGUUGGGUUGUGUUUCGGAGGACGCAUCGCUGUCGACCUUCAUGUCUCCCGAGCCCGUACAGGAGUUGUAGCGAUGAGACAAGAUAGUAACUACUAACAAUUGGAUACAUGAAAAGGGGGUAAAAUUGUUGUUCCUCAUUUUUAUAUCACAUUGUAUGAAACUAACAGCUCAUGUAAAAGUAUGAAAAAAUUGUAUCACUGUUACUUCCUGAUAGUUAGUGGUUGAAAAUACAAUCUACACAGGACCUUCUAAUCAGCAGGUUUGCAUGGGUGGAAGUUUCGGCUCUCCAUGGUGACAUCACCAUGCGGUAAAUUGGUUAAUAGACAAAUAACAAAGAUAAUUCCAAACCUCUCUGUCAAUAAGUUAGUUUGAAGUUUUCCCAUCUCCACUCAGACCACUCCCAGACAGUCCGAGCAAAAUUCUUGCUUGAGAUAGUUUUUUGCUUAAAGCUGUUUUUUGCCCAUUUGAAUGGGGCUAUUAUAGUAAAUUGCUGAAUUGUUACCUAGAAAUGAUUUGAUAUUGAUAUAAAAUAUGAAAACGGCUGCAUUGGUACUUUAAAACCACAGCCUUAAAUUUGGAUCAUUGCUUUGAAGUAGUUUUUUAAAAUUGGAUGGUGAUUUGAUAGAUGUGUAUCAUUCUAUUAUUUGUGUGAUAUAUUGAUUAUUAUAAACUGGGUGAUUCAAGCCCUGAAUGUUGAUUGGCUGAAAGCCAUAGUCUGUCAGACUAUAAACCACGGGUAUGAAAAAAAUUACUUUUAACUCUUCUAAUUACGUUGGUAACCAGUUUAUAAUAGCAAUAAGACACCUUGAGGGUGUGUGGUACAUGGCCAAUAUACCAUGGCUAAGGGGUGUAUCCAGACACUCCCUGUUGCAUAAGAACAGCCCUUAGCCAUGUUAUAUUGGCCGUAUACCAAACCCCCUCGGGCCUUAAUGCUUAAUUAAUGACAGUCUCUUUGGUUUUGAUGGUUUGUUAAGGUGGGUUAAUGUGUUGAUUUUAUUUCAGGUUUAUUUUUUGACUUAAUUGAACUUUUAACAAUUAUUGAUUUAUUUGAACCUUCAUUUUGAACCAGACUAUUGACUUUGAUUUUGAGUGAACAUUGAAAAACAUUCUGUAAAACUGACUUAAGACAAAUAAAAUAAUAAUCUUGAAAUCCC